AUGACUCUCCUUCGUCAUCUCCUGACGGCAACUGCCUUGCUUGGAGCUUCAGUCCAGGCAGCGCAGGGUGUCACUGGCUCCCCCUUCGGUUUCGCUAGCGGCACGACUGGUGGUGGUGAUGCCACUCCUGCUGCGCCUAGUGACAUCAGCCAGCUGAAGACCUGGUUGUCCGACAGCACCCCCCGCGUCAUCCUUAUCGACAAGGAGUUCAACUUCCUCGGCAGCGAGGGCAAGUGCACCAACUGCGAGUGCUGCAAGCCCGCCUCGAACACCUGCGGCAGCUCUGGUCAGAAUGCCGUCAAGCAAAAUGGCUCCGACUGGUGCGGUAGCUACCCAACCUUGACCUGCACGUACGACAACGCCGGUAUUGAGGGUCUGGAAGUCGCCUCCAACAAGUCCAUUGUUGGCGUGGGUAGCUCUGGUGUCCUGCGUGGAAAGGGUCUGCGCCUGGUGAACGGUGUCAGCAACAUCAUCAUCCAGAACAUCCACAUCACCGAACUCAACCCCGAGUUCAUCUGGGGUGGUGACGCUAUCACUCUCGACGGCACCAACAACGUCUGGAUUGACCACGUCAAGAUCAACCUCAUUGGUCGUCAGAUGUUCGUUGCCGGAUACGAAGCCAGUCACAGCGUGACUAUCUCGAACAGCGAAUUUGAUGGUGAGACCAGCUGGUCUGCGACUUGCGACGGCCACCACUACUGGACUGUUCUCGGAUACGGUCACAACGACAAGAUCACCUUCGCCAACAACUACAUCCACCACACUUCGGGCCGUUCCCCCAAGCUCGAGUUCAACAGCUUCUGGCACGCGUACAACAACUACUGGUUCAACAACACCGGCCAUGCCUUCGAUGUUGGCAAGAACACCCGUGCUCUGAUCGAGGGUAAUGUGAUGGUCCAGGUCGACACCCCCCUCUUGGCCGACAGCAACCCCGGUGCCGUUUUCGCCGUGAACACCAGCGAUGUCUCCACUUGCACCAGCACCCUCGGACGCACCUGCGUCCCCAACACCUUGAUCAGCUCGGGUACUCUCUCCGGCAGUGACAGCUCUGUGAUCAGCAGCUGGCCCUCUGGUGAGUCCGACGUCACCGUCAUGGCUGCUAGCAAGGUUGCUUCCUACGUCAAGGCCAACGCCGGUAUUGGUAAGCUCGGCAACGGAUCUGGCUCCUCCAGCACCGUCGGCGCGGCUGCCACCUCCGCUGUCGCCAAGCGUGUCGACUCUGACGAUGCGCCGUAUGUUCCGGCCUACUCCGAGGCUGGCCCCGGCGCCUCUGCCGUCCCCAGCCAGCCCUCCUGGUCUUGGAGAACGGUCACCAACGGCCCUGCACCCACUGGAGCUCCCUCUGAUGCCCCCGCCCCCCAGGGUCUUGGUGCUCCUGUCCAGGCUUCGAACAAGCACCACCACAAGGGUCACGGCCGUGGCUACUAA